CUGGAGCUUCAACAAAUCUAUCAUUAUGACAUAAUUCAGAGUAUACAGUCGUAAAUUCACUCAUUUACUUUAUCGUACUGAAAGUCAAAAAUAAUCAUACGACAAUUUUCUUAAAAACUGUAAAUAUAUAUAAUAACACUUUUUGAGAUGAAACGAUCACAAAUAAAUCCUAAAACCUCUUCUGUCGAUGGAUGUCUACCAGAUAUUGAUUAUUCUGCAAUGAGAAUGAAAAAUUUAGAUGAUUUAGAUUUAGACAAAGUUUUAAUGGAAUAUGAGUGUGUUCAAGUGCAGCGUGCGGAUACAAAUUCAGAUUCAAAAUUCAAUUUAACCCUUACAUCAAAUAAUCCCAGAAAUGUAGGGAAUGACUGUUAUGAAGAUGUAUUGAUUGAAUCGGUGGAUGAUAAAAAUGGAAUUAAUUCUGGUGAUCAAAUUGUACAAAUUAAUGGUGUAUCAGUUAGAAAUCUGAAACAGGCCAAUCAAUUACUUGAACGUUGUGGUAAAUCUGUUAGUCUUCUCCUACUGAGACCAAUCAACAUUUCUAAUUUAGGUAGUGAACAUUCAUUCUCCAAUGAUCAAGUCAACGAAAACAAUGUAAAUAACCAACGCAAUCAAUUACCUCGAAUAUUCCCGCAUACAGUUUACACAACACCAGAUCGAUUAAAACAAACUAUGUGGUUACAACAAAAUAUAUUUCGAGAAAAGUUAAAUUUAUUAUCAAAGAUUAAUGGUAUGAUGGAUAGAGAUAUUAAUGUGAAAGAGACAAAAUCCACUUCAAAUAUGAACGACAAUCAACUGAAUUCAACUGAAAAUCAUAGUGAAAGACAAUCAGUGAUUAAUUCCAAGUAUGAAGCGAGCACAGCUGAGCUCACUUCAUGGACUAUAAGAAAAAGUGCAGAUGGAACUAGAUAUAUUACAAAAAAAUACAAAAGAUCACCAGAGCUUUCAACCUACAGAUCUUUCCGAUUAAAUGAUUCCAAUCGUUACCAAAGUGAUAAAAGUCUGUCUACCAGUCAAACAAAUUCUUCAUGUUCUGAUGUAUCUGAACAACAUCAAACUUUAACAAUGCACUCUAAAUAUGCAUCACAUUUAGGAAAUAAAAGUAAUCAUGUACAUUUUAGUCAAAAAAACAAUAAUUCUCUUGUAAAUACAUUCAUAUCUGCAAAAAAAGAGUUAACUCAGUAUUCAGAGCCUAAAAUGAAAACUGUCGGUAUUCUUAAUGAAAACACCGGCAGCUUGUAUAGCCAAUCAAAUAUCCCAACAUCGUUAUUAAUGAAACCACCUAUCUUAUUUCGACGAAGUCAUUCUGCUAAUGUAUCACGUAAUACCAGUUUACAUUAUGAUGUUGAGAGGAAACAUACAUCAUAUACAGCAAACCAACAAUACUACAAUAAACAAAAUAAUAAACUAAGAUCAUCUUCAAACCAGACAUCAGUCUCAGUUGUAACAAUAUAAUGUGGAAUUUCUAAUUUCUAUUCUCUUUUAUCUCUACAUAAAUCCUUCUCUUUAGAAGGAGUAAACAGAAAGUAGAAGUAAACAAAGCAGUACAGCAGCGACACAAAUAAUGCUUACAGUAUGACAAAGUGACAAUUUAGUUCAAUCUAGAUUCAAGGAAAUUAUUUUCAAAUAGAAACUUCUAAUACAAUUACCCUUAGCUUUCUCCUUAAAUUUACGUCAACAUUUUCUUCAAGUAAAUGUAUAAUUAAAUGGUAUUUUCAACAGACUUUUAAAUAAACACUAACUAAUCAU